AUGGCGUCGUCCGGACCGUCCGUCUUCCCCUGGGAAUGCCGGGACAAGGAAGACCAGGCAAGGAUAUCGUACCAUCAUCCUCUCCGCCGCACCAACCAGGCCCUGGCCGAGGAGAACAUGAAACUCAAGAGGAUCUUGCGAGAAAACGGCAUCUCCUGGUCCUCCGUCGCCCAGGCACACCUGAAGCAGAGAGACCCAAACAUGCGCAAGACGCGAUCCUCCAGGUCUGCACAUGAGCUCGGCCGGCCUUGCCUGCCGACAGAAGUCAUUCUGCGCAUUCUCAAGCUCUCAAUGAAGAGCUCGCAUCCCAUCAUUGACCCUCUCAGCCCCCUGACGCCCGAGCACCUGUCCGACCAAGAAAAGGCACGAGGCAACCAGAUCGCCAUCCACUUUCUUGCAACUUGCAAGGCUCUCCACACCGAAGGCACCCGGUACCUGUGGGAGGGCAAUACCUUUGUCUUCACCACGGCACAGGCGCUGCGGAACUUUGCCGAGCUCACUCCCAGGUUCCGCAGCAGCGUCACCCACGUGAACCUUCGCAUCGUCGCCCGCUACUACGACGACCAGCGCCGUAGGCACAAGCUCGAGCGAUGCUAUCACGCCGACCUGAAGAAGGAUCAGCUGCUCAAGAUUGUCGACUUCCUGGCGGCCCUCAGAGCACCCUACGAUCCGGCGUACCGGGACAAGAAGAACCCGAGGCCCAGACUGCUCCCGUCUCUAUCGUCCCUUCGACUCGACCUGGUCAACUUUUCCGACACUCUGCUCCCAUUUUCGGGCUCGGAACUGCAUGACAUUGCCAGUCACGAACUCGGGUGCACAUUGAACGAACUGCAGGUCACCGGAAUGCCCUUUGACGACGCGGGCAUGAAGGCGUCGGCCGAACUGAGCGGGAUGCUCAAGGACGAAGGCCUCUAUCUAGACGGACCCCCCUCGUUCAUUGCCCACGUCAGAUACCUGCAACCUCUGUCGGGGAACAAAUGGUGCGCCCGCGUCAUUCGCGCUUGGAAGGGCAACGGCACCGACUCCGACUACGGGGACAUCACCGACGAAGACAUGGACGAUCACGUGGCCCACUUUAGCGGCUACCAUCCAAGGCUGGGCGCUCUGCCUCCGGCGCCCUUGGAGGAGGGACACCCGCCCUCGACGCGGGACGAGGAGACGGUCAUUUGGAAACGAGUGCCGACGUCUCGGGACGGCGGGGCGCGCUCAUGGGUCCAGUUCUCACGGUUUAGCGGAUAUGAGAUCACAGAUCCAGACUGGGACACGGACGACGAGGGUAUUUGUCCCUGCUGCGGCGAAUCGCACCCAGGCUCGUCUUUUCUGGAGUUUCUGGUGGAUGAUGACCUUGCUGACUGA